AUGAAGGCCUUAAUCAGAAGAGAAUUCCAAACUUCAAGGUGCAACGAACUUAAAGCUCAAACAAAGGAGAAACAGUGGACAGUGGCACUCUCUGACAUACCCGACUGGCCAAGAAUCGAAGCCGUUGCUGAGUUUAGACUACAUACCGGACACGAUUGCUUGGAAAAUCACCUUCACAGAUUGGGAGUAUACACUCAACCCACAUGCCCUCUAUGUAACCUACAGGAGGAAAAGGAGAAGACCCUAAAGGCAACGGCGGAAACCCAGAGAUACUGGGAUGCAAGAAGACAGCUAAUGAAUUGA